CCUGGGCAGUUUGUUUACCAACACGGCGGGAAGUUCGGCUUUAAAAAAAUUAAAUAACCUAUAAAAUGUGGUCAUGGCGCUCAAGGUCUGGAUACGAGUUUCUCCAGACAAAUGAUCACGAAGACAACGAGAGUGUCACAAGUUUUUCGGGUCUCUGCGCCAGCGCAGUGGUGCGGUGGAAACGCCGCCUGGCUGAGUUCUAUCGCGACUACACUACACCCUGGACCAGAAUAUACGAGGACGAGGCGACGACCUCGGGCGUGACGGACGGCGCGCCCGGCGACCAGAACCGCGUCAUCUUCAUCAACCACCCGCAGCCGCAGAAGUUCGUCUCCAACAGCAUAUCCACCGCCAAAUAUAGCGUCCCGUCGUUCAUCCCGCUGUUCCUGUUCGAGCAGUUCCGGCGCUACUCCAACUGCUUCUUCCUGCUCAUCGCGCUGCUGCAGCAGAUCCCCGACGUGUCGCCCACGGGCCGCUGGACCACGCUCACGCCGCUCAUACUCAUCCUCAGCGUCAGCGCCGUCAAGGAGAUCGUGGAGGACUUUAAACGUCACAGAGCAGACGAUGAGACAAACCGGCGGAAGGUGGAGGUGCUGCGCGACGGCCGCUGGCUGUCGCUGCGCUGGGAGAAGCUGCUGGUCGGCGACAUCUGCAAGGUCGUCAACAACCAGUUCUUCCCCGCCGACCUCGUGCUGCUGGCCUCAAGCGAACCACAAGGCAUAUCGUUCAUCGAGACCUCGAAUCUGGACGGGGAGACCAACCUGAAGAUCCGCCAGGCCAACCCGGAGACGGCGCGACUGGACAGCACGCGGCAACUGGCCGAGUUCCAUGCUACUGUGCAGUGUGAAUCGCCUAACAGACACCUUUACGAGUUCAAUGGCAUGCUGAAGGAAACUAACGCCAAGACGAUACCACUGGGUCUGGACCAGAUGUUGCUUCGUGGGGCGAUGCUUCGGAAUACCUCGUGGGUGUACGGUGUGGUGGUCUACACGGGCCACGAGACUAAGCUCAUGAAGAACUCCACUAAAGCCCCGCUGAAGCGCUCGUCGAUCGACCGGCAGACCAACACGCACAUCCUGAUGCUGUUCAUGAUCCUGCUGGCGUUGUCGCUGCUCAGCGCCGCCUUCAACGAGCUGUGGGUGCGCAGCCACAGCGACUGGUACAUCGGCCUCACGGAGGCGCAGAAUACACAUUUCGGAUUUAACUUUUUGACAUUUUUGAUAUUGUACAACAAUCUUAUACCUAUAUCGUUACAAGUUACUGCUGAAAUUGUUAGAUUUUUUCAAGCGAAGUUCAUCGCGAUGGACAGCGAGAUGUAUCACGAGGCGACAGACACACCGGCUAUGGCGCGCACGUCCAACCUCAACGAGGAGCUGGGCAUGGUCAAGUACGUGUUCAGCGACAAGACCGGCACGCUCACCUGCAACGUCAUGGACUUCCACAAGUGCUCCAUCGCAGAGAUGAUCUACAACCGUCCCGGUGAGAGCGAGCGUCUGGAAGACACGCUUCUCUACCAGAACCUGAUGCGCAGCGCCGCCGCGCCCGUCAUCCGCGAGUUCCUCACCAUGCUCGCCAUCUGUCACACCGUCAUUCCCGAGAAGGUCAACGGGAAGAUCAACUACCACGCCGCCUCGCCGGACGAGCGCGCGCUAGUGAUGGGCGCGGCGCGCUUCGGCUUCGUGUUCGAGACACGCACACCUACCUGCGUGCGAAUCCGCGUGCCCGCGCCCGCCACCGCCACCGCCGCCGGGCCCACUGCUGGGAUGGCCACGCAAGAAGAGGAGUACGCCAUCCUCAAUGUUAUAGACUUCACCUCGUCUAGGAAGCGGAUGUCUGUCAUCGUGAGGACGCCCACUGGCGAGAUCAAGUUAUACUGCAAGGGCGCGGACUCGGUAAUCUACCCGCGGCUGGCGGGCGGGCCCGCCGCGCCAUACUCUGCCGCCACGCUGGCGCACCUCGAGCACUUCGCGUCCGAGGGGCUGAGGACGCUGGUGUUCGCCGUGGCGGACGUGCCCGAGGCGCUGUACCAGGAGUGGUCGAACACAUACCACAAGGCGUCGAUCGCGAUACAGGAGCGCGAGCAGAAGAUCGAGGAGGCGGCGCUGCUCAUCGAGAACAACCUACGUCUACUCGGCGCCACCGCCAUCGAGGACAAGCUGCAGGACGGCGUGCCCGACACGAUAGCGGCUUUACUAAAAGCCAACAUGUACGUGUGGGUGCUGACUGGCGACAAGCAGGAGACGGCCAUCAACAUCGCCCACUCGGCGCGCCUCAUCCAUUCCGCCAUGCCGCUGCUCAUACUCAACGAGGAUAGUCUCGAUGGCACCAGAGAGACGAUAUCCCGCCACGCGGCCGAGUUCGGGGACAACCUUCGCAAACAGAACGAGGUGGCACUUAUCAUCGACGGCAAGACGCUCAAGUACGCCAUGGGCUGCGACCUCAAGAAGGACUUCCUCGACCUCUGCAUCUCCUGCAAGGUCGUCGUCUGCUGCAGGGUCUCGCCCAUACAGAAGGCCGAGGUCGUGGAGAUGGUAUCGACCGCUACGGGCGCGGUAACACUGGCGAUCGGCGACGGCGCCAACGACGUGGCCAUGAUCCAACGAGCGUCCGUCGGCGUCGGCAUUUCCGGCGUCGAAGGCCUGCAGGCCGUCUGCGCCUCCGACUACAGCAUCGCACAGUUCCGCUUCCUGCUGCGGCUGCUGCUGGUGCACGGCGCGUGGAACUACUCGCGGAUCAGCAAGCUCAUCCUGUACUCGUUCUACAAGAACAUCUGCCUCUACGUCAUCGAGCUCUGGUUCGCCAUCUACUCCGCCUGGUCUGGUCAGAUCCUGUUCGAGCGCUGGACGAUAGGGUUCUACAACGUGAUCUUCACGGCGCUGCCGCCCUUCGCCAUCGGGCUCUUCGACAAAUUGUGUUCACCUGAUAUUAUGCUAAGGCACCCGAUCCUGUACAUCCCGUCGCAGCAAGGACUUCUAUUCAACGUGCGCGUAUUCUGGGUGUGGGCCAUCAACGCUCUCCUACACUCUGUUCUAUUGUUCUGGCUGCCCGUGCUUAUGGCGCCCACCGCGCUGUGGCCCAACGGCCGCGACGGCGGCUACCUCGUGCUAGGGAACAUUGUCUACACGUACGUGGUGCUGACGGUGUGCCUGAAGGCGGGACUGGCGACUCACUCGUGGACGUGGGUCACACACGUGGCCAUCUGGGGCUCCGUGGCCAUGUGGUUCCUCUUCAUACUCAUCUACAGCAACAUCUACCCGUGGAUCCUGAUCGGCGCGGUGAUGCGCGGCAUGGACCGCAUGGUGUUCAGCUCGCUGGUGUUCUGGUUCGGGCUGCUGCUCAUUCCCGUCGCCACGCUCAUACCAGACCUCAUCGUCACUGUCAUCCACAACUCUGCGUUCAAGACGAUGACGGAGGCGGUGCGCGAAAGCGAGAUCAAGCAACGCGACCCCGCCGCGCUACUCGCGCAGCCGAGGCACUCCCUCACGGAGACGGCGCGCCUGCUCCAAAACGUUCGCAGCGUGUUCAGCCGCCGCUCCGCCUCGCGCACCCUGGAACUGGAGAUGUCACGUGAGUACGCACCGCGUCCUAGACGCCCGCACACUAGCCCACACUUUACUUUCCCAAGUCGGCCCCGAGCAUUUAAAGGACACAGGUACCUUACAUUAUUAUUAUUCUUCUGUUUAAUGGCUUAUGGUGCCUAUUUGAAGCACACUGGUUUCGCCAAUGUCGAGUGUUUAACGAGACACGGUGGACAGGUACCUUACAUUACUUGAUUGAUU